AUGAUGGAAUAUGUCUUUGUCGAUGAUUUACAUCGUUACAAACGCUUAAAAGUCACAAGAGCAUGCGAGUCAUGCCGAAGACGCAAAGUCAAAUGCGACGGUGGAUCAGGCGGCACUCAAACUCCUUGUUCAAGUUGCAGAAAGCUCAAAAUCGAAUGCAUUUUCUCUAACAUGGCGGUCAAGAGAACUCACCCAAAAACCGAGCAGGAACAGAUGGAUGAGCGAUCUCAAAGGAUUGAAAAUAUUCUGCACAAACUAGACGAAGAAGACAGCGCUAAAGGAAAACGAGGCCUCCUUGACACAGUGAAGAUAUGCCAGACCGGGCGCGCGCAAUAUAUAUACAACUCCGAACCAUUGAAAACGGACGAAAAACGCUGCGAUUUCCCCGAAACGGUUAUUUUUACGGAACCGCCUCUGCCUUUUAUAGGCUUUUCCAAUCCUCCCCUGCCUUCCCCAGAGUUAACAAACAAUCUGGUUCAACUGUAUUUCCAUCAUAUUCAUCCUUACGUGCCAAUAGUACAUAAGGCCAAUUUCUUGAGGAGGUUGAAUAAUAAGGAUGGCAAUAAUCCUCUUUCACCAUUGCUGCUGUAUGCUGUUCUGGCCAUAGCGUCAAAGUUUAGCGAAGACCCAGCCGUGCGAACGGACCCCAUGGAUCCAGACACCGCGGGGCUAGCCUACUAUAAUAAAGCAAAAG